AUGUUAACUCGAACAAUAAUACGUGAAACAAAGAUUUUAAUUGUUCCUUCUACAAGUUUGAAUGCUCAUUGUUCCAGGUUCCGGCUGCACUUGCUCAAGACUAUGACGGUAAUAACCGACAUCCAAUGCACAUUUGCCAGCGGAGGCCCCGGCAUUCGUGACUCCGUGAGCGCUCUACUGAGAAAGCCGGAAGGCUUCCGAGGCGCCCCGCUCUUCGCUGACGACCGCGUUACUGACCCCAUUGCAGACCCUGUGUGCCAAAUACGACCAGAGCCUGAGGACCCCACCGGCUUGUUAUACAGAUUGCGGAUAAAUGAUUUCACUAAAUGCGGAGUUUUAAAGAGAAAUACAACGAGGCACCUACUCUACUCCACUGGUAUACUAUUAACUGGAGGCCGAACACCGGGCUUCGUGCACGUGCGCAUCUGGUUCCCUCAAUUUCCGGGCGUGGUAAUGCAGUCGGAUCAAGAACUGAUCAUUAUGUGCAAGCCGCCAGAGCCAACUAUCAUCGAAAACAAGGCCGCAGGUUUUGCCGGUAGCUUUCCGCACGGCGCUCGAGUCUCGGGUGUGGUCGAGGAGACCCCUGGUCGCCUGGAGUACGAAGUAGCGUUAUAUAAAGAAGCACCGCCAGUGUCACGACAUUCAAAUCAUUCCCUCGACAUGCCUGUCGAUCAGGUAAAUACUGCUGUACCAAUCGGAACAAAAUUACAACUCCGAGCACGUAUCAACCCUGACUCAGCGUGGCGUCACAUCAAACUUCUGGAAGUGGCAGUCUCCCCCGAUCCUGAUCGACCGCACGCGCCUGGCGCCGUGCUACUGGUUAAAGAUGGAUGCCGCAAUAAAGAUUUUGCCUCUAUAAUCCCACAUCAGCCAGCGCGUUAUCGAGAGCGCCAUAACGAGGUGUUUUUAGACUUUGAAGCUUUCUUACUCGCAUCUAUGAAAGAACGUUCCACUCUGUGGAUACAUUCACAAAUCAAAGCUUGUAUGGACGUAGCAGACUGUCAGCCUGACUACUGUCUUGAUCUAUAUGAACCUUCUGGUCAUGGUCGUAAACGCAGAUCGCUCCCUGAUGUAAGCCACUCAAACAACGUCACCGCAUCGUCAUUGACAACGGAUAAUAGUUCCAUUCCUUUCACUAGGUUUAAAGAGAACCUCGAAUACACAGUAGUGAUGCCGGGGGAGCUCUUCCACAGAACACCAAUAGAAGCAACGUGCGCUACUUCCAUGAUGGUCGCUGUAGCUUUAGGCGCAUUGUUGUUUAUGUCUGCACUCUUGAUGUGCUACCUUGCAACAAAGUUAAAUUCAACGAUGCUAAAAAAUAAUAACAUUCAUGCGCCAUCAGGAAAAGGUUUCGAACAAAUAUUAAGGGAACUUGCACAGCACUCUCUCCCGGAUGCUGGUUACACGGGCCGACCCACCGUACAA